CAUGCAUAGGGUUUGGAAUGUUGAUAUUUAAAUUCUGUGUAUUUCGGUAAUAAAUAGUGAGUGUGAUUAUUUGUGUUAAUGGUGGGGCAUGGUACAGAUGAAGUGUGGAAAACUAAUUGACAACGGUCCAGUUUCUUAUGAGGUGUAAAUAUAUUUGUUUUCGCGCCCUGUAAAGAAGAUCACUGUACUGAUUUUUUUCUAAUUUAUCAGGAACAGAUAUUAAAAUUGUGUGGAAAAAGUUCGCUUACUUAAAGCAGUAAUAAUUAGAUAUUCUGGUAGAAACACAAACAUACAUUGACGACGGACAGUUGAGAUUGUCAGUGGGUGCUGCAAAACUGUGACAAUAAAGUGUAUCGUUAGCGUAGAAUAUAAUAUCCGUGACCUAUUACAGGAAUGCUGCACUGGUUUCGUACUGUUACAGUUUUUUGCAUUAUUUAGCAUCCUGAUGUGAACUAGAAUUCAUUCUCAAUAACCGUUAAUUGUAUUGCGUUUUCCACCACCAUUUAGGUUUUGACCAUGUCUUUAAUAUACUUGCCUAAUUUCACGGUUGCGUAAUGUUAACGGGUUGGCUGUAAAGCAAAUGUGCGUUGGAAGAAUGUUUUUUGUGGCCAGGAAGUUAAGAAUUUGAAGGUGUAGUGAUACUUUUAUAGCCCCAUUUUAAGUUAACAUAAUGGCAUUCAGUUUCGGUAAUACUGCAAAAUUCCCAACGCAAACGUCUGCACCAUCUUUUGGUUUUGGCUCCUCGUUAACGACAGCUGCUAAACCGGCAGCCACAGGUUUCUCCUUUGGUACUCCUAGUUUUGGCCUGGGUACUACAGCAGCCACAACAACAACAGGUUUUGGUUUUGGCGGCCUUGGAUCAACACAGAAUACUGGAUUCAGCUUUGGUGCCACAACCACGACAGCAGCUGGGACUGGUGGAUUUGGUACUGGCAGUUUACAGUUUGGUGCUGGAUCAGCCGUAUCUGGGACAGGAACUGCUCCGACAUUUGGUGGAUUUGGAACUACCGGCCAACAACAAACUGGAUUUGGAUCUUUUGGCGCGUUUGGUGCAAAACCGGCGACAUCAAUAGGAGCAUUUGGAAGCACUGGUUUAUUUUCUCAACCACAACAGCAGCAGUCAUUUUUGCAGCAGCAACAAGCGCCUUUGAAAGGGGAAGAGGCCAUUGCAAGGGCUGUGUACUUUGUGCAGAUAUUUGGUGAUGAACGUGAUCAAGUACUGGCAAAAUUUAACAUGCUUCAGGCUUUGUGGGGUUGUGGGAAAGGUUACUAUUUACCUGGCCAACCACCUGUAGAAUUUACUCCUGCUAACCCUUUAUGUCGAUUUAAGGGUAUAGCUUACAGUCGCAGAGUAGAUCCUGAAGAAGCUCGUGAAGGGCUUGUAUUGCUUACGUUUGCAAAGGCAGAGGCAGAUGUGCGAGCCGGCCAGUCGCAGCUUGUCCAGAUCUUGCAAACUGCAUUGGGAGAUAGAGCUACGAUUCACAUAGACAGUAUUCGCUCUGUAGGACCUCAGAGAACAACAGUGAGCCUUUAUGCUGAAGAAGCACAACAGCAGUUAGGAACAGCAAAACGUCGCUGUGGAGCAGCAGAACUGGCAGCGGGCAUACGUCAACAUUUGACCCAGCUGGGUGCAGAGUCAGUGCUGCCCCUUACUCUCCUGUUGUCUCCUGAAGUGGAACGAUACCUGUCAGAGCCUCCUCCAGGUAUUGAUGCCCGUCUCUGGAAACAAGCACAGGCUGAAAAUCCAGAUUCAGCUAAUCUCAUACCUGUCCCUGUCAUUGGGUUUGAAGCACUUGCAGCACGUGCUAAAGCCCAAGAACGUGAGGCAGCUGCACACUUAGCAGCCUUAGAUCGAUCAGCUGCUGAAGUUUCUACUUUGCGUGCAGCAUUGGCACGUACAGCUGCUAAGGUUUCUGAGCAACGUCGCCGAGCACUUUCUUUGGAGCAUAGAGCACUAGUUGUAGUCGGCAGACAGCAGAUCAGACGUAAAGCAGGGCAAGCGCUUGACCCUCGUGAAGAGGCUCUGUUGAGUCGAUUGCAGGCACUUCAAGCCCAUCUUUCUGCUCCAUCUGUUGUUAAAGCUAGACUGAAUGAAAGUCUGUCUCAGGUACGCUUGAGGCGAGGAGUUGAUGGCACAGCAGGACCAGGAAGUGGUUUACGAAGUUCAGCAAUGUUUGGUGAUGACUUACGAAAAUUUCUGGAAAUGGAACAAGAUGGCAUUGAUCGCCUUGUAGAAGUUGUGCGAUCUGACUUGAAUUCUAUGCGUACAAUUCAGGAAGGACUUUGCAAACUUUUGCCACAGCAGUACAAAUGAGAUUUCACUUAAUUUUGACAAGAAAUGGAAAUACGUGUGAGAUGUGAUCAUUGUGUUUAUGGUGAGCUUCUAGAAUGGAGAUGUUCCUACAGCAUUUGGCUGUUUUGUGAAUGAUAUAUUUUCUGUAACUAUUUUUUUACUCAUUUGUUAAAAUUUUAUUAUUGUGCUAUUGGUGUAUUUUGAAUAUAAGACAACUCUCUUGUGCUACAUUUAUAAUUCAUUAAAUUACUACUGCUUCCAGGUCACAGUAUUGCAUUUAAAAUAUUGUUGGUGAAUUUUAUAUGCAUGAUAUCGAAUCCAUCCUCCAUGCCCACGCCCCCUUUUUCUCAUCCCUCCCUCUCCUGCUUUGCGUACACAGUCAUUCAGACAUGAAGAUGUGACAUGUACACAUUGCUUUAAAGUAAUGCAGAAUGGAAUGAAUCCAAGGGAAUUUUUAACAUGUAAUAGGAAGAGAAGGUGGAAUAUAUUUAGCCAACACCUAGAAUGUAGAGCAUUGUAAAAUGAAAGAAAAAGACCUUAGAUUCAGGGUACAUAUAGGAAUACAGAAAAAAAUAGUAGAGUUGCUUAGGAGCUAAGAAGGGAUGAUUAAGAGAAAAAGGAUUGGUCAAACCAAACUGGAAAUUGAAGGGAUGCAACAUUUCAUAAAGCAGGAGUGCAAAACUCCAUGUUAAUGUGGCAAAGUUCCUGCCACAGUCUGAUAAGUUGCUAACAGUGUAUUCAGUAAAUUGGUUUACCUUAUUAUUGAGUAUUAACUUGGUGUGUGUUCAUUAGUGUGGAGUAUGUUUUCCUUUUUCAGCCUUAACCAUUGCCACAGGUCAAGAGGCAGUGACUUGAUUCAAAGAUUUAUUGUUUGAUGGAAUGUACACACAAAUUACUAUGUUGUUAUGGAGUGAGUUGGACAAGGUUGCAGUGUGUUUGUUUAUGGAAUGUACACACAAAUUACUAUGUUGUUGUGGAGUGAGUUGGACAAGGUUGCAGUGUGUUUGUUUAAACAUUCGGUUUUCUAGCUUUUUUUUUUUUUUUUUUUUUUUUUU